UCUCGUUCCCAGGAACAACAUAUCUCGGAGUAAUAUAAUUCUAAGUCGACUUAGAAUAGUAUGGAAUGGAGCCGUCGAAUUGUUUCUGAGCUCAACAGUUCAACAGGUUUUCCAAGAAUAAUAAAUAAACAAGUCAUUACUGGUAAUCCGCAAACUACUUGUACUUCUUUAAGUUUUAUACGACCGAUUUUCUGCGGGCAGGAAGACUUCUUACUUCUGGGUGAACGUGAAGGCGUUGAAAAAGCGCGCGCUGUCAUUGUAAGUGAGGUUAUGUUGAAGAUUCGUGCGUGUGAUUUGCAAUCUUUGGAGUGAUCCGGCUGUGUAAAAAAUGUUCCUUUUGCGGCAAAUACGCCGGAAUUGUGUGAGAAACUUUAGUAAAAGUGAUAACUUCCUGAUUCUGGGCAUUGAGACAUCAUGUGACGAUACUGGAGCAGCUGUACUUGAUGCCAGAGGAACAAUCCUGGGAGAAGCUCUUCAUUCUCAACAAAGCGUUCACUUAAAGUAUGGAGGAAUUAUCCCUCCACUGGCGCAGGAAAUGCACCGUGAAAAUAUCGAGGGUGUUGUGGAGAAGUGCAUUGAACGGUCAGGGGUUGAGAUUAGCGAUUUGGCGGCUAUUGCAGUCACCAAUCGUCCGGGACUUCCCCUGAGUCUGCUAAUAGGGCUGCGAUAUGCUAAGUACUUGGCUAGAAGUCACAGUAAACCCCUAAUUCCCAUUCAUCACAUGGAAGCUCAUGCCUUGACUGCCAGACUGACAUCUCAAGUAGACUUUCCCUUCCUAUGCCUCUUGGCAUCCGGAGGGCAUUGUCAGUUGGUGCUGGUUAAGUCUCUGGGUGAGUUUUUUCUCCUCGGGGAGACAAUUGAUGAUGCACCAGGGGAAGCACUGGACAAAACUGCCCGCCAAAUCAAUAUUCAUAACCUUCCGGAAUACCAAAGUAUUUCUGGGGGUGCUGCAAUUGAGGAUGCAGCUAGAAAAUCCUCAAAUCCCCACAGAUUUGACUUCCCACUCCCACUUUCCAGCCUCAGAGAUUGCCAAUUUAGCUUUGCUGGACUCAAAAAUUCAGCCAGGCGACAAAUUCUGGCUUCCCAAGCGAAUAACGAAGUGGGUCCGGGUGAGAUGAUUCCCCAUUUUGAGGACUUCUGCGCAGGCUUCCUCCGUGCCAUCACCAGACACCUUUGCCAUCGAACUCAGCGAGCAAUGGAGUUCUGCGAGAAGGAAGGACUCAUUGAAGCUGAUGGGAAGAAGUCUCUGGUGUUUGGUGGUGGAGUAGCCUGCAAUGAUUAUGUCUUUGAGGCUCUAUCGCAGCUGGGAAGUCUCAUGGGCUAUGACACUUACCGGCCGGAGAAGAAAUUCUGCACAGAUAAUGGUGUUAUGAUUGCCUGGAAUGGCGUGGAGAGGUUUCGGGAGGAUUUGGGAAUCGUGGAUGACAUCGAUUCAGUGGACAUUGAACCAAAAUGCACCUUAGGAUCAUCCCUAAUAGAGGAAGUCAAACAGAAGCAUCUGGCUUGCAAGUGGGCUAAAAUCCCUCUUCUGCGAGAGGUUGUUAAAAGUGAUAAAUAAUAAACGUACAAAUGAAAUUCUUU